AAGCAGACGGCUGCAGCCUCAGUGGUGUUUGCUACCUGCGUGCCCUGGCAGGAAGUUAGGAUGAGACUUAAAGGUUUGCAUUCUGGCAGCUCAUGGAACAGGACACGGGGGAGAUGUUUGAAAGAGCACAAACAUGCCCGAGCACUGGAGAUGAGAAGGACCCUUACUACGUUGAAACUCCUUACGGUUACCAGUUAGACCUGGAUUUCCUCAAAUAUGUCGACGACAUUGAGCGGGGAAACACCAUCAAGAAGCUGAGCAUCCAGAGGAAACCCAAAGUUGCCAAACCUCUGGCAACGCCUCGGGGCAGCACUGCCGGGGUCGGCACUCGGCCUGAAUGGACCUCCACAGAUUCCCUGUCCUCCUCCAACAGCGAUGGGAAACAGUCCCCGGUCUUUUUUCCCUCAAGGCACCAGGACGCCACGCUGUUGAACCCCCCCCUCCCCAGGGCGACCGUUGAAGCCCCUGUGGGCCAGUCGUACUCAGUCUUGGCAGAACAGAAGCAGCUCCUUCCACCACCUUCACCCAGGUUUGCUCCUCGUCACAACCCCCUAGUGGAAAAGACGCUCAUGGAGACCCGGCGGCGGCUCGAACAGGAGCGGCUGCUCAUCCACAAUGAGCCUCUGAUUCCUCGCCGUCGACUGGCCAGCUUUGGAGGCAUGGGCUCCAGCAGCUCGCUGUCAUCUUACUCCAGUUCAGUCGCCCCGAGCCAGAUCUCCCCCAGCACCCACCAGCCUCUACCCAUUAAUGGCCUGUCUAAUGGAGAAUAUAACCCUUAUUACUCACAGUCCAGAGGCAGCUCCAUUCGCCACAGUCCCAUGAGCUCAGGCGUGGCCACACCGGUGACCAACGUCAGCCCGUUACACCUGCAGCAGAUCAGAGAGCAGAUGGUCGUGGCCCUGAAGAGGCUGAAAGAGCUGGAGGAGCAAGUGAAAACCAUUCCUAUCCUACAGGUGAAGAUCGCUGUUCUGCAGGAGGAGAAAAGACAACUAGCCGCUCAGACAAAAAACCAAGGUCUCUGUGGCUUCCGCAAGCGUUCCUACAGUGUGGGCAGCGCCGACCAAAUGGAGAGCUCUGGAUCUGUUCAAAAGGAAACUGAGCUGCAGAUCGUAGAGCCAGAGGUCCAGGAGCAGAACACCCAGCGGCUGGAGGAGUUCAGGCGUCUGGCUGCUGAGGUUCAAGCUCUGGAGAAGACGACCAAGGAGCAUCAUGUGGCGGAAGUUCAACCUCCAAACCAGGUCUGCCAAAAGUCCAUUGGGGUGGUUACAGAUGAAAACAUGAACAAUCUUUCCUUCCCUCUGAGAAAACUGCAAACAGAGAGUUGUUUCCGUGAUGCGGGGAUGGUGACGGAGCGGCUGGAGAUGCGGAGCACCGGAAUUGUUGUGACCGAGGCCAUGCUGGGCGUGACCAGUGAAGCUGACAGAGAAAUCGAGCUCCAGCAGCAAACCAUCGAAGCUCUGAAGGAAAAAAUCUACCGCCUGGAGGUCCAGCUUAAAGAAACGACUCACCAAAUGGAGAUGGGGAAGCUGAAACUUGAGCUCCAGGCAGCCGGAGGAUCAAACAAGAAGAAGGCAGAUAAAGGGUUAAUGGUGAAGCCAGAGAUGUACAAUGCAGGCGUGGAAGCCAAAGUCCAGAUGCGCAGUCAGGCAGUGGGUGAACAUCUGGAAUCAGACCAAACAGCUGCAGAUAAGGUUCUGCAGACCCACACAGUGGGGGUGUCCUGUCAGCCCAGCAUGCAGAGCAUUGCCACGGGACCGGAAACACCCAUGGACCAGUGGGUGGUGCACCAGCGGGUGGAGGUGAGUGACCAGUGCGUUGGGAGGUGGGUAGAAACAUGUCAUCAGCUGGUGGGGGUGGAGCAGAGUGUUUGUGAGGUAGGAAUAAACACAGAGGAGUCGGUGGAGAGACCAGACCUCUAUAGAACCACGACAGAACCAACCAAACAGUCCAGAUCGAUCGGCUGCGGCGAUUGUUCUGUGGAUGUCAGCAUCACUCCUGUGAAGACGUUGGUCUCUCAAGGAACCGACCCAGAUCUCGUUGGUAAGGUGGACUCUGCCGUUAUGGCGUCUCCAGAAUCUACGUGUCAACAGACUGGUACCGAUGCGGAGUAUGAGAGUAAGUCCACCAACACGAAAACAGCCGAGGUGAUAGACUCCUUCACCGGGAUGGAGCUGACCACCUGUGAUAAGCACACCAACACGGCAGCAGCGGAAACCAGGACUGUAGCUGCGGGGGAGGGACUCGUCCGAGAUGUUCUGACCACAGCUAAAACGCGUUCAGUGGCUGUUGGAACUGGCAGCGACGGGGGGUCACUUCCCAGUAAACCAAACCCAACUAAAACCAAAGAAUGUGGGGUGGGCCCGGUCAGCAUCCAUGACAAUUUCCUAAUUGGCCUAAAAACCCGAAACAUUGCAGUUGGUCCUUCUCAGCCCCCCGACUCUUCCGCAAGCAAAGCAGGGAAGACAGAAGCUGCAACACCAGAGCCACAGGGUGGCGUCGGCCUGGACCAUUACAUAGAAAGGGUCCAGAAGCUGCUGCAGGAGCAGCAGAUGCUGCUGGCAGAGAACUACAGUGAGCUGGCGGAUGCUUUCGGCCAGCCCCAGUCCCAGUUCGGAUCCAUCAACAGCCAACUGGUCAGCACGCUUUCGUCCAUCAACUCUGUGAUGAAGUACGGGAGUGGCGAGAACAUCCUGAGGCUGCACUCAAACUCCAGCACAGAGAGCUCUCUGCAGCUCACCUCACCAGACGUCGGGAUGGCAACUGCAGAUCAUCCAGAGAACAUGCAUGCACAGCAGCAGAUCAGUGCAGCAGAGCAGAAGAGCCGCAUGGAUCUGCAGAUGUCUACGGCACUGCAUGGUCAGCCAUGCAGCCAGAAUAACCUGAAAUCCAUCAUGAAGAAGAAAGAUGGCCGAGCUGACGCCAACGGUACCAAGAAGAACCUGCAGUUUGUUGGCGUAAACGGAGGAUAUGAAACUACAUCAAGCGACGAGUCCAGCUCAGAUGACAGCAGCUCCUCUGGGUUGGAGGAUGAGGAAGAUGAGGACGAGGAGAAGGACUACGGAGGAAAGAAGGAUGAGUACAAGGAAGUGAGAGGAAGAAGAAUCGGGGAGGAGUUUCAAAAUGAGGGAGCCGAGGAUGUGGAUAAGGAGGAGGAGGAAGGUUCAGAGAACGAGAAGAGGGAGAGGUAUGAGCUGAGUGAGAAGAUGUUGGCUGCGUGUGACGUUCUCAACACUCACCUAAACGACUCGAAGGCUGUGAGCAGCAAAGAUCUGAGAGCCAGCCUGAACACUGUGCAGCACGAGUGGUUCAGAGCAUCCAGCCAGAAGGCAGCGGUCGCCGGGAUGGUGGAGGACUACCUGCGGGCUUUUGAAGCCGUCUCACCAGACGUGCUGCGCCACAUCGUCAACAUGGCCGACGGCAAUGGCAACACUGCGCUGCACUAUAGCGUGUCUCAUUCCAACUUCCAGGUGGUGAAGAAGCUGCUAGAUGCAGACGUAUGCAACGUGAACCAGCAGAAUAAGGCCGGGUACACGCCCAUCAUGCUCGCCGCGCUGGCUGCCGUGGAGACGCCAAAGGACAUGUGCAUCGUGGAGGAGCUUUUCAGCAAGGGAGACGUGAACGCCCGUGCCAGUCAGGCGGGUCAGACGGGGCUGAUGCUGGCCGUCAGUCAUGGCAGGAUGGACAUGGUUCGGGCCUUGCUGGCCCACGGAGCCGACGUUAACAUCCAGGACGACGAGGGUUCCACGGCGCUGAUGUGCGCCAGCGAACACGGCCAUGUUGAGAUCGUCAAACUGCUGCUGGGCCAACCGGGCUGUGAUGCCACUCUCAGCGACAGCGAUGGCAGUAACGCUCUCUCCAUCGCCCUGGAAGCAGGACACAAGGACAUCGCUGUGUUGCUUUAUGCACACGUUAACUUCUCCAAAGCCCAGUCUCCUGGAACGCCACGACUUGGAAGGAAAACUUCACCAAGUCCGACUCGGAGGGGAAUGUUUGACUAGAGACUCCUUCCUGAUCCCACCAACGCUGCGCUGCUAUUGGCUCACACAAGAACGACGCGUCCUUCCUCAAUGUUGACAACCAACCAAUGAUAUUCCUGGAUUUUUUUUUUUUUUUUUAUAUGUAUGCAUCUUCUUAUCCGCCUUGAUGAGCCCAAAGUGCCCUUUGAAUAUGAAUGUAACCAUCAGGUGCCUCAGAUCCAUCAGAUUGUGCCUGAAAUGUCUCAUUUAUCAUCAGCCUCUUUUUGGCUUCAUUUUUAUUUCUUAUAUAAGCUCGCAGAUAAUCAUCAAAUUCACUCUGCCUUAUAAGAGGGGGACUAUUUCCUGUAUAUAGAGCUCACCUCACCACCCCAGUCCCAAAUAACCCCCAUAAACUCACAUUGGUGAAUCCUUUAGUAUUCCAAUGUAACCUGGACUGGACAAAUUUUCCUUUUUUUAAAGUCUCUAACUAUUUAAAAAAGAAAAAACUACAGUAUUUUGAAUACCUUCUAUUACUCCUCAACAAUCCAUGAAGUUAUAUAUUUAUCAGAGUAUAGUUUUUAAUACAGAUAUAUGUAUUUCAUUGUACAUACAGUGGUCAUAGAGUCUAGGUGUGUCCGGUUUCUGUCUGUCUGGUUUAAUAUAAGCUGUGCCCUCUAGUGUUCGUCAAGGUGCUGACUUUCAUCUUCACAUGGAAAUUGAAGUGCCU